AUGAAGGAAGAUGAAUCUCUUCAACUAUUUUCAAACAAAGCAUUUAGUGAAGAUUAUCCUCCUAAUGAGGAUUAUUUAAAGUUAUCCGAAUUUGUAGUUGAAUAUGCUGGAGGUCUUCCUUUAGCACUUAAAGCUUUGGGUUCUUUUCUUUGCGGAAGAAGUAAAGCUGAGUGGAUAGAUGCUUUAGAUAGGUUGAAGCAAAUUCCUGAUAAUGAUAUACUUCAAGUACUUAAAAUAAGUUAUGAUGGACUAACGAAUGAGGAAGAAAAGACAAUAUUUUUAGAUAUUGCUUGUUUGUUCAAGGGCUGGCAGAAAAAAUAUGUGACUCAAAUUUUGGAAAGUUGUGGUCUUCAUGCUACAAUUGGAAUAAACGUGCUGAUUCAAAAAACUUUAUUGGUUGAAACAAAAAAUUGUAGAUUAGAGAUGCAUGAUUUACUUCAAGAGUUGGGUAGGACUAUAGUUCAGCAAGAAUCUCCCAAUGAUGUUCGCAAGCGUAGCAGGUUGUGGAAGUUUGAGGACAUUAAGGAAGUAUUGGAAAAUAACGAAGGAUCUGAGGCAAUAGAAGCUAUUGUUAUACGAGAUCGAUAUUAUCACAUGCCAGACAAAAUAAAAGUACAUCCUGAAGCCUUCUUAAAGAUGAGUAAUAUUAGGCUACUCUUCAUAAAUCUGAUGGGUGACAAUCUAUUUAUCUUCACAAGAGGAUUGAAAUUUUUUGCUGGUGGAUUAAAAGUAGUUCAAUGGCCAUCAUUUCCUUUGGAAGCUCUUCCACUUGAAACUCCAUUGUAUAAACUUGUUGAUAUUCAAAUGCCUGAAAGUAAAAUAAAGCAACUUUGGAAUGACAUACAGUUUAUGACAAAAUUGAAAUAUAUCAACUUGAGUUAUUCUCAUGAUUUUACCGAGACUCCAGACUUCUCAGGGGUUCCAUAUUUAGAACAUUUACAUCUUAGUGGCUGCAAAUCCCUUGUCAAGGUUCAUUCCUCACUUGGACAGUUGAAGGGGCUUAUUGAGGUGUACUUGGAUGGUUGUGGAAACCUUGAAAUCCUACCAGAAAAAUUGGAAACAAAUUCUUUGAUGAAGUUUGAUCUUAGUGGGUGUAAAAAAGUUGCGGUGCUCCCAGAGUUUGGGGAAGGUAUGAAAAAAUUAUCAUAUCUUAAUGUGAGUGAUACUGCUAUAACUACACUUCCUGAAUCACCUGGAAACAAGUUGUUGAAGACUGGUAUAACUCGCCAAAUUUCUUGCUUCAAUGUAACAUCAUUAAUAGAGCUAUAUUUAAGCUUGUGUGGCUUAAAUGAUGGAUCGAUUCCUGAUGGUUUUGGCAAUUUAUCAUCACUCAUUGUAUUAGAUCUGAGAGGUAAUCAUUUUGUGAAUCUACCUACUAAUUGCUUUUCUGGUCUUUCUCGACUUCUCUUUCUUUCAUUUGAUCAUUGCACAAGCCUCAAGUCAUUGCCAAGGUUUCCACCACAGUAA